GCCAACGUGGGUCCGCGGCGAGCGGCGCUCGGGCCGGGCGGCAGCGGCGGCGGCUCCGACCCCGCGGGAGCGCACCGGGACCGGCCGGCGCCCGCCGAGCCCGAGCCGUGCGGCGCAGAGCGGCAGGAGGAGCAGCAGUAGGAGGCGCUUCCUGCGGCGGGGACGCGGACUCGACCCGCCCGGCUUUGCCCGGUGGAUGCCGGUGCCGUAGCGCCGCGCCGGGCCGGCGGCCGAGGCGAUGCUGCGGGCGGCGGAGCGGCGCUGAGCGCCCGCGGCGUGAGCGCUCCUGCCGCCUCCUCCCGCCGCGGACGUUCCCCGGUGCCGGAUACAAAAUGGCGCUGCCGUCACGGGCGGCGGCGGCGCUGCUGCUGCUGGGGCUGCUGCGCUCGGCCGCCGCCGGCUGCCCCGCGGGCUGCGCCUGCGGCGGGGACACGCUGAGCUGCGGCGGGCUGGCACUGCCCGCCCUGCCCCGGGACCUGCCCCGCUGGCCGCGGCACGUAAACCUGAGCUACAACAAGUUGGCAGAGAUUGAUCCUUCUGUCUUUGCAGAGCUGUCGAACCUGCAGGAAGUGAGGCUGGACCACAACGAGCUGAGUGCCAUUCCCUCGCUGGGAUCUGCUGCUUCCAGCGUCCGCUCCCUCCACCUGCAUCACAACAGGAUCCGCAGCGUUGAGGGCACUCAGCUGCAGCCCUACGUUGCCCUGGAAACGUUGGACCUGAGCUUCAAUGACAUCACGGAAAUCCGAAACGGCUGCUUUCCACAGGGACUGCACAUAAAGGAGCUCUACCUGGGGAGCAACAGAAUCAGCACCCUGGAGCCUGGUGCUUUUGACAGCCUGUCCCGGUCCCUGCUGACACUCCGUCUGAGCAAAAACAGGAUCACUCAGCUUCCUGUCAAGGCCUUCAGGCUGCCCAGGCUGAUACAGCUGGAGCUGAACCGGAAUCGCAUCCGCCUGAUUGAGGGCCUGACGUUCCAGGGGCUGGACAGCCUGGAAGUCCUGAAACUGCAGCGCAACAACAUCAGCAAACUGACUGAUGGGGCUUUCUGGGGUCUGGCCAAAAUGCAAGUUCUCCACCUGGAGUACAACAGCCUGACAGAAGUGAACAGUGGCUCUCUCUAUGGCCUUUCCUCUCUGCACCAGCUUCACCUCAGCAACAACUCCAUAUCCCGCAUCAACCCCGAUGGCUGGAGCUUCUGCCAGAAGCUGCAUGAGCUGAUACUCUCCUACAACAACUUGACGAGGCUGGACGAGGGAAGCCUGGCAGACCUUGGGGGACUGCACGUGCUGCGGCUGAGCCACAAUUCCAUCAAUCACAUUGCAGAAGGGGCUUUCAGGGGACUCAAAAACCUCCGUGUCCUGGAACUGGACCACAACGACAUCUCAGGCACAAUAGAAGAUACCAAUGGAGCCUUUACAGGCCUGGAAAACCUGAGCAAGCUAACUCUGUUUGGAAACAAGAUCAAGUCGGUGGCCAAGAAAGCGUUCUCAGGGUUGGAGGCUCUGGAGCACCUGAACCUCGGGGCCAACGCCAUCCGCUCCAUCCAAGCUGAUGCCUUUGCCAGGAUGAGGAGCCUGCGGCAGCUCCACAUUAACAGCGACAGCUUCCUCUGUGACUGCCAGCUGAAGUGGCUGCCCCAGUGGUUGGUGGAGAAGGAGCUGCAGUCCUUUGUGGUGGCCACCUGUGCCCAUCCUGAGUCACUGAAAAGCAAGAGCAUUUUUGCCAUCCAGCCAGAGAGUUUUGUGUGUGACGAUUUCCCCAAGCCACAGAUCAUCAUCCAGCCCGAGACGACGGUGGCCGUCCUCGGCAAGGACAUCCGCUUCACCUGCCUGGCGGCCAGCAGCAGCAGCUCCCCUAUGGUGUUUGCCUGGAAGAAGGACAACGAGAUGCUGCACAACGCCGAGAUCGAGAACUUUGCGCACGUGCGGGCCAAGGACGGGGAGGUGAUGGAGUGCACCACCAUCCUGCACCUGCGGCACGUCACCUUCGCGCACGAGGGCCGCUACCAGUGCGUCAUCACCAACCACUUCGGCUCCACCUACUCCAACAAGGCCCGGCUCACCGUCAAUGUGCUGCCAUCAUUUAUCAAAACCCCCCACGACAUCACGAGCCGGACGGGGACGACGGCGCGGCUGGAGUGCGCGGCCGAGGGCCACCCGCCGCCGCAGAUCGCCUGGCAGAAGGACGGCGGCACCGACUUCCCCGCGGCCCGCGAGCGCCGCAUGCACGUCAUGCCCGACGACGACGUCUUCUUCAUCACCGACGUCAAGGUCGAGGACAUGGGGGUCUACAGCUGCACGGCUCAGAACUCUGCGGGCUCCGUGCUCGCCAACGCCACCCUCACCGUGCUGGAGACACCAUCUUUGGUCCAUCCGUUGGAAGAUCAUGUGGUGUCUGUCGGUGAGACCGUGGCUCUCCAGUGCAAAGCCACGGGGAGCCCCCCGCCCCGCAUCACCUGGCUGAAAGGCGACCAGCCCCUGGUGGUGACAGAGAGGCACCACUUCACCUCGGGCAACCAGCUGCUGAUCGUCAGGAACGUGGUGCUGGAGGACGCGGGGAAGUACACGUGUGAGAUGUCCAACACGCUGGGCACGGAGCGCGCGCACAGCCACGUCAGCAUCCUGCAGUCGCUGGGCUGCCGCAAGGACCGCACCACCGUGGGCAUCAUCACCAUCGCCGUGGUCUGCAGCAUCGUGCUCACCUCCCUCGUCUGGGUCUGCAUCAUCUACCAGACCAGGAAGAAGAGUGAAGAGUACAGUGUCACCAACACAGAUGAGACUAUUGUGCCUCCUGAUGUGCCAAGCUACUUGUCCUCCCAAGGGACUCUCUCGGAGCGCCAGGAAGUGGCCAUUGGAGUGGACACCCAGCAGCCCAAUGGGCACAUUGACAGCAAUGGGAUGUGUCAGGCUGACACUGGAAGGUGUCCAGAUGUUGAAGCUCCUGCUGUAGGUUGUAGACAGCCCAAGCUGUGUAUCAGCUAUAAUAAAGACACUUGGAAAACUGAGGACAUGGCCGAUGGAAUGCUUGUUCCAGAUAAGACAGGCUACGGGCUGCCCGUGGUGUGCACGGAGUGCAGCGGCAGCACGGACAGCGUCACCGUCCGCUCCUACCCCAAGGACUGCCAGAGCCUAAAGACUGUGGAGAGCACCCACCCCAAUGCACUGAGCAGCAGGGAGCACCAGAGGAAGAGGAGUGCAGGCACCAGCCUUCUUCAUGCUCAGCCCUGCAACGGGAUUGCCAGUGGCAAGAGGAUGGAAACAGACGGGACCCUGUACCCCAGCAACCACGACAGGAUAAGGCCAGAGGGCACGGCCGGCGCGCUGCUCGCGGAUGCGCACGGCUCUUCACAAGCAGCAAAGCCUUCAGAGCUUAACAACCUUAAUUUGGUGAGAGCUUCGCCUGCAGGAGGGUCAUUAAAGCAACUGAACGUGCUUCCUGAAAUAUCCCCAGCACUACUGGAUCUGCAGAGGGAAGCAGAGGUGGAGCAGGCUCUCCUGGCCAGCAGCACCACAGCCCAGCCCCACGACUCCACUCACGAGCCCAAGCUGCCCAACAGGUCUCUGGACUGAGAGCACAGACUGACUGCCAUGUGCAAAUUAACAAACACACUAUUACUUUUUUUUAAGUUUUUUUGGUUUUUUUGUUUCCUUUUUUUUUUUUUUUUGCACAGAGUAUAUAGGCUACUUACUUCUACCUCAAAUCUUGAACUGAUGGCCUGACAAAGGCAACCAACUGAGGUAUGAGAAACAAGCUUGUAUGGGGAACAAACUCCUGUUCGAGCGUCAUCUGAUUGUACAUAGUUUAAAACUUCCCUGAGAAGUAUGAAGUGUUCAAAAGUCAACUUGCAUAUGAAGCACAUAAAUGCAAGGGAUUAUUGUGUAAAGAGAAAAGUAUUUGAUACAAUUGUACAUAAGAGUUUUCAUAUAUAAAUAUAUAUAUAAAAAAAUAUAUAUAUAUCUUUUACAGAGGCUAUUUUAAUCUUUAGUGCAUGGAAAACUGAGUGAAAUUUUACAAUUUUGGCAAUAUUGUUUUCAGUAUCAGGUUGCUGUUUAACUUUGUGAGAGAAAUAAUUCUGGUGCCUUAAAUGCAUAAACAUAACUUCUAAAAGCCAGACUGUUCCAAAGGGAUCGUCCUCUUUUCAGUGGAAGUUCCUUUACACCAUGUACUGCGGGGUUGGGGCAAUCCCAGGUACUGGUUGUGUGGAAAAGUGACCAGGAACAGCCCUGUGGAGAGGGAUUUGGGGGUGUUGGUGGAUCAGAGGCUGGAUGUGCCCUGGCCAUGUGUGCUCACAGCCCAGACAUCCAACCAUGUCCUGGCGUGCAUCUAGAACAUUGUGGGCAGCAGAUUCUGCUCCUCUGCUCCACUCAGGUGAGGCCCCACCUAGGGUUCUGCACACAGUUCUGGUGCUCUCAAUGUAAGGAGUAAUGAGUUCAAACUGAAAAAGGGGAAAUUUAGGUUAGAUGUAGAAGAAAUGGAAAUUCUUCCCUGUGAGGGUGGUGAGGCACUGGUACAGGUUGCCAGAGAAACUGUGGAUGUCCCAUCCCUGUAGUGUUCAGGCUGGAUGGACCUCUGAGCAAUGUGAACUAAUGAAAGCUCUCCCUGCCCAUGGCAGGGGGUUGGAACAGGGUCAUCUUUAAGGUCAUUCUUCCCCUGUACUCAGCACUGGUGAAGCCACACCUGGAGAGCUGCGUCGAGUUCUGGCCCCUCAGCUUGGGAAGGAUGUUGAGAUGCUGGAGCGUGUCCAGAGGAGGCAACGAGGCUGGUGAGGGGCUGGGACACAAACCCUGUGAGGAACGACUGAGGGAGCUGGGGGUGUUCAGCUUGGAGAAAAGGAGGCUCAGAGGUGACCUUAUCACUCUGCACAGCUCCCUGAAAUGUGAGGGUCAGGCUCUCCUCCCAGGCAAUCACUGAGAGAAUUAGAAGAUACAGCCUUAAGCUGAGCCAGGGGAAGUUCAGGCUGGACAUUAGGAAAAAAUUCCUCACAGAAAGUGGCUGGACAUUGGAAUGGGCUGCCCAGGGAGAUGGUGGAGUCACUGUGCCUGGACGUGUUUAAAAAAAGACUGGGUCUGGCACUUAGCCAUGGUUUAGAUGAUAAGGUGGUGUUGGGUCAAAGGUUGGACUUGAUCAUCUCAAAGGUCUCUUCCAACCUAGUUAAUCCUGUGGUUCUGUCCCUUCCAACCCAAGAUUUUCUGUGAUUCAUUUGGAUUACUUAGCACAAAUUUCGUUCCCCUUGGAAAUUUAUUGUACUUAACACAUUUAGUAACAGAGAUCUUCAACUGUGUCAAAUGAAAUUUAUAAAGAAAAAAAGCAGUGGGCAAUUACAGAGCAACCUGAUAUUUUCCUGUUGGUGGAAGAACUUGAAUUCCAUUAUUUUUCAAAACUUCAUAAAAAUUAGUAUUUAAACUGUGAUUGUGUGAGACUUUAGAGUGGACCACACAGGAGGCACUAAAUAACUCUUCAACAGUGCAGAGCCCCAAAACAACCAGAGGAAAAGGCUGUUUUGACUGGGAAGAAGUUGUUACCAAAAUAAAUAACUUGUGCAGUAAACCAGGGGUGGUCUCAUAACAGUGCACCUCUCAAACACGUCAUCACAGAGGUUUUACCUGCCAUGUGUGCACAGCUCUGAGCACCACAGCCCUCACCACAGGCCCUUCCCCUCCCAAGGGGACCCAGCUCUACCUGUCUGAGGUGUGUGCAGCAAUCCAGCCUUGCCCUGCUUAGAAAAAAUAACCUGUGCCAGUGUAAUGCAUUUUCACACCCCAAAACCACAUCUGGGUUUUGGGGGUUUGAAACCAUAGAGCUGUUUGGACAACAAAACCAAACUGUACUCCUAAGGGGACAGCUGUAUCACUAAUUCAUCCAAUACUUUUUUUUUCCCUGCAACACAAUAUUACACUUUGUAGUUGAACAGCCACACUCUCUAUAUGAAAACAUCACCUUCAAGUGAGUUAUGCUGCCUUGUGUAGCAAUUCUGGGCUAGUCAGAAAUACACUUGUUUUAUAAGGAAAACUGUGGAUUCAUGGUUGAAUAGACAUUUAAAUGGAGAUGUCCCAAAUGUUUUUAUGUGGUCUUUUAAGUUCAUCCAUUAAUGGAGUGGGGAUAAAGAAAUGCCCACCUCAGUCAAACAGAUCUUUGUCACUUCUGACUUCACAAUGACGCUUUUUAUUUAUAGAAAGGUUGCUUUCUGUUGGUGUUUGUUGGUACCUGUGGAUGGAGGACUCCCAGUUCUUUGUGAUUUGAGUUCUGCUAACAUGAGGUUGCUAACUCUGGUGAUGACUACUUUGGGGCAGGUUUAUCAUGGGUGGGAGGGGGGUGUUGUUACUUUUUUCCUUAGGAGCAACUCAAAUACCAGUUCCACUGAGGCCGAGUCUGGGAAUCCACCUUUGCCAGGACUGUGGUUCAGAACAAGCAGCAGGGAUAAGGGCAGAAACACUUCAUGGUCACUUUAGAUCCAUCCCUGAGGGACCUGCCCCGGUGCUGCUGCACCUGUGGGGUUUCAGGGAGUGGCUGCAGGCUGCCCCUUGGUUUUAUCACAAGCUGGUCCUACCCAGCCUUAGCUCCUGUAGGGGAAGGACCUGCUCUGAGGGUCAGGGAGAGCAGCAGCUGCCCCUGGAUGAAGCCAGGCAUAAUUCAGCCAGUACCUGUCUGUCCCAGUCCCUGACUAUUGACACGUUUGCACUUUGAGACAGGUGGCGAAUUAUGUUGAGUGCCAAGUUUAUUCAAAGCAAAGGAAAUGGAUGUUAGAAAAUUAUAAACCGAGCACAGUUUUCCCUUUGCUGAAGGGAAAAGUGCUCCAGAACUAACUCAUGGAACCAGGGACAUGGGGAAGAUGGGAAUGAUUCAAUGGGCUCGUUUUGCUGGCAGAAAUGUCAUCACCAGUGCAGAUACAAAAGUAUAUUUGUCAUGUUAACAUUGAAAAUAAUGGUUCUGAAUAAAGUUAACUGCCUAAUGUUAUGACUUCCACUAAAUAUGUGAAUUUGCUGCUUCUAAGAGGCAAUGUGAAAGAGGAAGUAUUACUUUUGUGUACAAAUUUAUUUAUUUAUUAGAGAAUUUGGUACAAUGUUGUACAUUGAAAAACAUGUAAGAUAUUGAAGUGUCUAACAAACGGCAUUGAAGUGUCUUUAAUAAAGGUUCAUUUAUAAUAUUACGGCUGAUCUGUUGAGAGUGAGCUUUUGGGAGUUUCAGUUGAAAAUUAAAUAAAAUUCUAAUCCA